AUGCCUACGAAAUUGUGUUAUUUUGGCUGUAAGCUAGAUGUACCUAUGCAUCGUUUUCCAAAACCUGGCUAUUAUAACGAAGCUAGAUUUAAUAUGUGGUUUGCAGUAUUGUCUGAGGAAACGAAACUCAGAGGAACUUCAUAUAUAUUAAUUAAGAAAUAUCUACAUAUAUCUCAUCAAUAUAGAGCUUUGGACAGUGAAAACUCCGAAACUGCAAGUUCUACUGAAGAAACUUUACCAAAGGCCUCUACUUCAAAGGUUGUGUAUAAAAUUAGAAAACAGUCUAAACCUCGACAACAAAGAGCUGAAAGUAAGAAGAAAGUCUUUUACAUAGAGAAGAUUAAAAACUUUAAGACUUACCAACUAUUAAAAAUGAGGCUGUUGAAAUUACAAAAAUAA